AUGUCUGCGAAGGCCAUAAGCGAGCUUUCGGGCAAGGAGUUACUCUAUCGGUACCUCGAAUCGAGUGGUUUAAUUGACGCACCGACAGCUCUUCGCCUUUCUGCAGGCGACAGUUUCGAUGCAGCUGUGAAAAGAGUGGCAUGGUUGAGCGGAGCACAGAAAGCAGUUAUCAAACCCGACCAGUUGAUAAAGCGACGUGGAAAGCAUGGGUUAGUUAAGUGUGGAUCAAUGAACGAAAUCAAGAAAUGGUUCCAAGAGAAGGCCGGAACAACAGUGCAGGUUGGAAAAACAAGUGGCCGGCUUCACACGUUCAUCGUAGAGCCGUUCUGUGAACACACUGAUGCAGACGAGCUGUACGUCGCAAUUUUCAGCCAGCGGCACCAUGAUGUUAUUAUGUUUUACGAGCACGGCGGUGUAGACAUUGGGGAUGUCGACAAAAAAGCUCGAUCAAUACACGUAGCUGUGUCUCUUGAUGAAAAUGAAAUGAUGCCUACGGAUGCCCAACUCUCUCAUCUUGUUGGCGACCUUGGUGUUAGGACAUCCAUUGUGAAAACGUUUGUUUCAUUGCUUUAUUCUGCCUACAAAUCACUUCACUUCACUUAUCUAGAGAUCAACCCUCUUGUUGUGGAAGGUGACAAGGUGUACAUUCUUGAUCUUGCUGCUAAGCUUGACGAGACUGCGAACUUUUUGUGCUCCGAAAAGUGGAAGACACGAUCUGGAUCAGCGGUGGAGUUCCCGGCUCCUUUCGGACGCGACCUCACUAAGGAGGAAGAAUACAUUGCGGACUUAGACUCAAAGACUGGAGCAUCGUUGAAGCUAACAAUUUUGAAUAGGAAGGGACGGAUAUGGACAGUGGUAGCUGGAGGCGGAGCUUCUGUAGUUUUCACAGAUACCGUUUGUGACCUUGGCGGAGCAAGUGAAUUGGCUAACUAUGGAGAAUAUUCUGGAGAUCCUUCAGAGACACAAACUUUUGAAUAUGCAAAAACUCUGCUAUCAGUAAUGACUGAAGGACCACCACAUCCACAAGGAAAAGUACUUAUCAUUGGAGGAUCUAUUGCGAACUUUACCAACGUUGCGAAGACUUUUGGAGGUAUAGUCCGAGCUUUUGAAGUGUUCCUUGAACGCUUACAUGAGCAUAAGGUAACCAUCUACGUCCGUCGGGGUGGCCCUAAUUAUCAGGAAGGUCUUAGAAAGAUUAAGGAAGCUGCGCAAAAGCUCGACCUACCGAUUCAUGUGUUUGGGCCGGAAACACAUAUGACCUCAAUUGUUGGACCUGCUCUCGGUAUAAGCGAAUUACCUGCUGUUCCGCAUGUCCCUCAGACAACUGGACAGUUCCUGCUUAGUCCAGAAAGGAACACGGCUGGAGGAAUUCGUACCGAAAUUGACCCAGCCGCAGGCGAUGCUGCUGAUCACGUGAACCAUGAUAAUGAGGUACAUGAGAAUUAUGACAGUUUAUUUGAGAAAAACACCAAGGCGAUUGUGUGGGGACAACAACAAAAGGCUAUUCAAGGAAUGCUUGAUUUUGAUUACGUUUGUCGACGUGCGGAGCCUUCGGUAGUGGCAUCAACGUAUCCGUUCACUGGUGACAACAAGCAAAAGUACUACUUUGGGCAUCGUGAAAUACUUAUCCCUGCGUAUAAGUCUAUGGCGAAAGCGUUUGCGACACAUCCAGAAGCUACUGUCAUGGUUACUUUCGCUUCUCUUCGUUCCGUCUAUGAAACAGUGUUGGAAGCUCUUCAAUUCCCACAAAUUCGUGUCAUUGCAAUAAUUGCCGAGGGCGUUCCUGAAAAUCAGACUAGGAAAUUGAUCAAGGUGGCUGGAGAAAAAGGAGUUACUCUGAUAGGUCCAGCUACUGUUGGAGGAAUUAAACCAGGGUGCUUCAAGAUUGGUAACACGGGAGGAAUGAUGGACAACAUACUGGCAUCAAAACUGUAUCGUCCAGGAAGCGUUGCCUACGUUUCACGCAGUGGUGGAUUGUCUAAUGAGUUGAACAACAUCAUUGGAGCAAACUCUGAUGGAGUGUUCGAAGGAAUUGCGAUUGGUGGUGAUCGUUAUCCGGGAUCAACUUACACAGAUCAUAUACUUCGCUACGAAAAGGAUGACAGAGUGAAGAUGAUCGUGCUGCUAGGAGAAGUUGGAGGAGUCGAAGAGUACAAGAUUGUAGAUGCUCUGAAGAAUGGGACAAUCACUAAGCCACUUGUCGCGUGGUGCAUAGGAACGUGUGCUGAUCAAAUUUCUUCUGAGGUGCAAUUCGGCCACGCGGGUGCGUCCGCGAACGCCCAAGGUGAAACCGCCGUUGCAAAAAAUGCAGCAUUGAAAGCUGCAGGUGCUCUUGUGCCUAAGUCAUUUGAUGAUCUAGGAAAACUAAUAAAGACCACAUUCGACGGCUUAGUCGCCAAAGGCAUUGUAACACUGCAAAAGGAAUUACCUCCUCCAGCUGUUCCUAUGGAUUACGCGUGGGCGAGGGAGCUCGGGCUUAUUCGGAAGCCGGCAUCAUUCAUGACAUCGAUUUGCGAUGAAAGAGGAGAAGAAUUGAACUAUGCAGGAGUUCCUAUUACCAAAGUUCUUCAACAGGACAUUGGAAUUGGAGGAGUGUUGGGGUUAUUGUGGUUCCAAAAGCGCCUACCUGCGUAUGCCAACAAAUUCAUUGAAAUUUGUCUGAUGCUUACUGCUGAUCACGGUCCUGCGGUAUCCGGAGCACACAACACCAUUGUAUGCGCAAGAGCCGGCAAAGAUCUUAUCUCUUCUCUCGUUUCUGGUCUGUUAACAAUCGGAGAUCGUUUUGGGGGUGCUCUGGAUGGUGCGGCGCGUCAAUUUUCUGAGGCAGUUGACAAAGGAUGGAGUCCCAUGCAAUUUGUGAAUGAGAUGCGAAAGCAAGGAAAACAUAUCAUGGGAAUAGGACAUCGUGUGAAAUCGAUCAAUAAUCCGGACAAACGAGUCGAGAUCCUCAAAGGUUUCGCAUUGGAUCGCAACCAGUUCAAGCAAGAUACACCUCUGCUCGACUAUGCUUUACAAGUAGAAAAGAUCACAACUGCCAAGAAACCAAAUCUGAUUCUAAAUGUCGACGGCGCAAUCGGAAUUAUUUUUGUUGAUAUUUUGCGUCAGUCCGGCAUGUUCACGCCUGCAGAAGCUCAGGAGACUAUCGAGAUUGGCGCCCUCAAUGGAUUAUUUGUCCUUGGCCGCAGUCUUGGAUUUAUUGGUCACUAUCUCGAUCAACGUCGCCUGAAGCAGGGAUUAUAUCGUCACCCAUGGGAUGAUAUUUCUUAUAUUAUGCCUGAGCGAGACUUGUGA